AGGACACACUGACAAACCUUCACGCCGCGGGGGAGAAGAACCCGUUCUACCAGCCCUGUCACACCCACGUCCUGAACCCAAAGUCUAUCACCAUGGAGGAGUUAUACGGGGGGAUCAAUAAACUGACCCUGGAGUGGUCCGACGGACUCAUGGCCAUGACAGUCAGGGCAUGUGUACAGGACACGUCUAUGGACCACCAUUGGGUGGUGUGUGACGGCCCGGUGGAUGCGCUAUGGAUUGAAAACAUGAACACCGUCCUGGACGACAAUAAGAUGUUGUGUCUAGCUAACAGUGAGAGGAUCAAGUUCACUCCCUACAUACACAUGUUGUUUGAGGUCCAGGAUCUUGCAGUCGCCUCCCCUGCCACUGUCAGCAGAUGUGGUAUGGUGUUUGUGGACCCCGAGGAACUGAAGUGGCUGCCCUUCACCCAGACCUGGAUAAACGGAUACGCCGACAAAGUAAAGGAAGAAAUCCGCGAGUACAUUCUGGAUCUGUUUGUCAGAUAUGUGGACGACGGAUUGGCAUUCGUCCGCAAGAAGUGUCAACAAAGCAUCAACCAGUUUGACAUCAGCAAGGUGAUCUCCCUUUGCCGCCUCCUGGAGUCCCUGCUGUUCCGUCGUGGCGGUCCGGAUUUGAACCAGGAUCCUAACAAACUUAACCCACUGCUGUGUACGACGUUUGUCUUCUGUUAUCUGUGGUGUAUCGGAGGAAACAUCACAGAGAACUACUGGGACGCCUUCGAUACUUUUGUCAGACAACAGUUCGAGGAAAAUGGAGAUGCCAAGCUGCCCAAUGCCGGUGACCUGUGGAGCUGUUACAUGGACUUUGAGACUCGCCGCAUGGACUUAUGGGAGAAGAUCGUCCCUCCCUUUAAAUAUGACAAAGAAGUGCCGUUCUUUGAGAUGUUGGUGCCGACCAUUGACACAGUCAGAUUCGGCUACCUACUGGAGAAAUUCCUGUCAGUCAAACACUCCGUCUUAUACACUGGAGGUACUGGUGUAGGAAAGUCUGUGAUCGCCAGAGGACUUCUGAAUGGCAUCGCUGAGAAAGCAAACUACGUCCCACAGUUCAUCAACUUUUCCGCUCAGACAAGCAGCAAGAGAACCCAGGAGAUGAUUGAAGGAAAACUCGAGAAAAGGAGAAAGAACGUUAUUGGUGCCCCAGUGGGCAAACGUGUGAUCAUCUUUGUGGAUGAUUUGAACAUGCCUAAACUUGACACGUAUGGCUCCCAGCCCCCUAUUGAGUUAUUGAGACAGUACCAGGACUUCGGGGGAAUGUAUGACAGAGAGAAGCUAUUCUGGAAGGAGAUUCAGGACGUGACUUUAUCUGCUGCGUGUGCGCCCCCUGGUGGAGGAAGGAAUCCUGUCUCUCCCCGAUUUUUCCGUCACUUUGCCAUGUUAUCUAUCCCCCCGCCGACUGAACACAGUCUCAAACACAUGUUUAUGCAAAUCCUGGCUGGAUUUCUAAUGGAUUUCCCUACAUCUGUCCGUCAGUCGACUGAGUCGAUUGUUCAGGCUGCCGUGGAGAUUUACGGCAGAAUGUCGACGGAUCUCCUCCCCACCCCGGCUAAAUCUCACUACGUCUUCAACCUCAGAGAUCUCUCUAAAUGUGUCCAAGGUCUGCUGCAGGCAGACACAGGAGUUAUUCGAGACAAUAAACAGAUUUUCCGACUCUUCUGUCAUGAGGCCAUGAGAGUUUUCCACGAUCGUCUCAUCAACAAUGAAGACAAGCAAUACUUCCACACCAUGCUUUCUGAGAUGGCUAGCAAACACUUUGGAGAGAAUGUGGAGCCUGAUAGUUUUACUACACAUCCUAUUAUAUUUGGAGACUUCAUUAAGAUUGGCGCUGAGAAGGCCGACAGAAUUUAUGAAGAACUCAGUGAUCUGAAAAAACUGACUAAUGUCCUACAAGAUUAUCUAGACGACUACAAUAUGAACUCCUCUAAGGAGAUGAAGCUGGUAUUUUUUAUGGACGCCAUUGAGCAUGUGUCCCGUAUCGCUCGUAUGAUUCGUCAGGAUCGUGGUAACGCCCUCCUGGUCGGAGUGGGCGGUACUGGGAAACAAUCGCUGACCAG